CCUGUGCUCCGCAACGGGAGAGGCCACAACAGUGAGAGGCCGCGUACCGCAAAAAAAACAAAAACAAAAACAAAAAAAACAAAACAAAAAAACACGUACAAGAAAAUAAAAUACUUAAGAAUAAACCUAACCAAGGCGGUGAAAGACCUUUACACUGAGAAAGUAUAAAACAUUGAUAAAGGAAAUUGAAGAUGAUUCAAAGAAAUGGAAAUAUCUCACUUGGGGUUGGGAAAACUGCUGCCACUCACACACAAAAAAUGGGGCUUCUGUUAGUAAAUAAAGGGAGAAAUAAAUACUGUGUAUUUCAUUAAAAGUGUCUGAUGCAGGCUGAUAAGACUUGAGACCAUGGAAUAGUAUCCUGGGUUUCAAAAUAGAAGAAAAGAGUAACUGCCAGAAACUACAUUGUACUCUAUUUUGUUCAGACUCAUCUGAUAUUGUUUCCAGCACCUUAAGAAGUUUAUUGUCAAACUAGACAGGAUUCAUAAGAGAUUUCCACGUAUGGUGAGGAGUUUGAAAACCAUUUAGAAAGAAGAAAAGUUGAGAAAAUUUGGUUUGUGAUCCAAGAAAGUCCAAGGAAAUCACUGUGCUUAAACAUCUAAGGAAGCAUCACGGGAAAGCGGGUUCAGUCCUGUUCUAUGUAACUCCACGUAAGAGAAGUAGGAUCAUUAAAUAGAAGUUGCAGCAGGCAGGCCAGGGUUUCAGUCAACAUGCGAAAACACUUUAACAGAACUAUCCAACAACCAUGUUUCAAAUUCCCUGUUACUAAAAGGUGUUUAAGCAGAUGCCAGAGGACCAAUUGCUGGGAUUCUGUAAAAGAUAUUCAGGGACUGUGUGGCGGGCUAGCCAAGAUGAAAUUGGAGGUCCUUCACCCUACACAAAAUCGUUUGGGAGUUAUACAGUAUUUUGCUCCAUUGUCUAUAUCUCUAAAGUUCCCUCAGGCUACCUAAAGAAAGUCCUGAAGAACCAUACAGCUCAUGCCUGUGAAGGAGAGAAACUGGGAAUCACUUGCCCACAAAAGACAUCUAUCAGCAUCCUUUCUGCUUUUUAUGGUCGUAAAGUUCCUGGUGAAAACUUUUGUCCAACUCUAACUGGUAAGACCAGUGAAAAUGCCACCUGUGUGUCAGUCACAGCUAGACAGAAACUCCUGGAUGAGUGCAAGGACCAACGCUGGUGUCAGAUAUCUGUGAAUAGUCAAAUGUUUGGACAAGAUCCAUGUCCUGGCACAUACAAGUAUCUUGUAGUAUCUUAUAAAUGUAGACCAGGCAAGUUUCACAGCGGUAUUUAAAAUCAAGAGGGAAUUUACCAAAAAGGAUGGGACCUACAUAGUUUGUGGGCUCAUUUCUAAGUGCAAUUUCUGUUUUCAUGCUUAGCAAUUUAAAAAGCACUGCAUAAUACCUUAAGCUGUAUAACCCAGAAACACAAAAUACUUCUUGGUGACAGAGGCUUACUUCUAUUCUAUAAUUAAAGAAAGAUUUGAAAUUUACCUAAAAGUAAGAGCUUUAACCCUCCUCUUAUUUAAAAAUUUUUCAUGGAAUCCCAAAUUUGGGUUGUAAUCCUUCUGAUAGCCGAUUUCUACAAGUUCAGAUGACUCUAUUAUAUAUUUCUCCUCAUUUUAAGGAGGCUUAAACUAUCAAUGCUUCAAAACAGUUUAAAAAUAUAAGUGUUGGAAUGUAAUACUGAAUUUGAAAGGGAAUCUAAAGUAUCAACCUUGUUUCCUAGUGAACUACCGAAUAAAGACAGUAUGUGAGAAUGGGACGCUGAGGCUUCGGUGCAGAAAUAAAUCUGUCUUGACAAUUUUCUCUGCAAAUUAUGGCAAAUUCAUGGAAGGAAAACAAGAAUGUGAUGUAAUGAAUAAAAAUGGACCUGUCAUAGAGUGCUUAGCUCCUGAUGCUCUACAAAGAGUCUUGAGACAGUGCCAAAAGAGAGAAAACUGUACACUGUUUGCAGAUACAGCUACUUUUGGUGAACCUUGUUUCCCAGGAGUGAAGAAACAGCUGCAAGUUUCCUACAUAUGUGUGCCUAUAAAGUUGCUGCAACAAAUGGACCAUAGCUCACUGGACCCAUUUACACUGUCUGAUUAUAUAUAUGGCAUCCCUGAGAAAAUGGGCCUGUAUUUCCUGUGCGGUGUCUCCGGAGGUCUUAUCUUUCUAUUAUGCAUCUUUACUCCCAAAGUGACCUUUAUCCAGGACUUGAAAGAAGUUUUCUGGUGUAUAAAUUCCAAGUUGGGCAAGAGAAAGCUACAGGACCAAGAGGAAGAAGAAGAUAACCACAACGAUGACAGUUCUUCUGGCUCCUCUUUCCAUCAUUUUACUCACACCUAUCCAGCCUCAAAUAGCCUGUUUUGCCCUGAACUGACUGCAGUUUUAGAGCGUGCAGCUAAGGAAAGAAACCAAGAAAGAGAUGAAAUCUGGAUAGUCAAAGAAUCUAGUCCCUAUGCCAUUUACAAAGUAAAAUCCGCCACAAAAUAAAAUGACCCAGAAUGUGCUAUUUACCUGAGUACCAAGUGUAAAGACAGAUGAUCGUAUGUUUUAAAUACAGAAAUGCCACAAAAUACUGGGUAAUAGGGAUGGAAAAGUAUUAUUGUUAAUACAUCAAUUUUCAAAGGUCUGAUUGAGACCAUGAGCUUUCAGGUUACAGCAAGGCCCCAUAAGCUAUAUGACCAUACUAAAUUUUUUAGAAAGGUCUACAAAAAGGAAAAUAGAAAUGAGGUUGUUAGUGUGAAAGUUUGUUAAUAAGCAGGGGAGUAAGCCCUGGAAUUUUUGGUAGAUAGGAAAAGAAAUUACAACAUAUAAGCCUAGGAUACUACCUAUAUCAAUGAGUUCACCUGAUGAAAAGAUACUUUUAAGCAUAUAUUUAGGAUUUUAUAAAGGCUCAGAGAUGAGGUGGAACAAGCACUUGACAAGUAGUAACAGGACACGUGAACUUCAAGAGGUCACUCAGUUUCUCCAUUUUAUAAUCUAUAAAAUAUACUUACAAUUAUGAUUGUUUAGAAAAUCAAAUGGAUUAUUGUACGUAAAGGUGUUAUAUAAAAUGUAAUUUAGGGUGGCAGGAGUUACUAUGUUCCAAUUGUUGGCACUUUAGAAUCUAUCUAUAUUCAAAGGCAAACCAGCAAAAAUACUAACCUUAUGUGGUACAGUGGAUUAUUCAUUUGUGGAUUGUCAGGUGUUAAAUACUGCCCAUUAAAUUGUCCUUUUUAAACAAUUCAUUCAUUUAACAUCUCCAAAUGCUGGGUAUUGGUGAUAUAAAAAUGAAUAAGACAGCCCCUGCUCUCAAGGAGUUCACAA